AGCAGACAUGGGCACAUACCUCAACAAGGCUAUACCAGACACAAAGCUGACGAUCAGGAAAUACGCCGAUACCAAGUUCGAGUACCUAUCGUACUGCCUCAAGGUGAAGGAAAUGGAUGAUGAGGAGUACGGCUACAACGCUCUUCAGGAACCCUUGUAUAGGGUGGAGACUGGGAAUUAUGAAUACCGACUAAUCCUACGCUGCCGUCAAGAAGCGAGAGCCAGGUUCGCCCGUCUCAGAUCAGAUGUGCUAGUCAAGCUUGAAUUGCUGGAGAAUAAAAAGACGCAAGACGUGGCAUAUCAGCUGAGAAGGUUCAUCAACGGGCUAGCGGUCUACCACAAUGAAACUGCCGAUCAACUGAAGGACAAUGCGACUCUGUUCCCGGUGGAAGUAGAUCUAUCUCAGAACGCUUUCCAAUAUAAAUCCACGGCUCAAAUCAUUCAGGAUGACGAAGAAGAAAUAGAAUACGCGAAAGAGUUGCAAGAAUACCACGAUCUGUCAGACUCGGAGAAAGACACCAAAAUCCGCAAGAGAAGGCAAAGCAAACACAAGGACUUCACGGAGUCAUCAGAAACUUUGCUACCAGGCUUUGACAGUUCUGACACGCUCGGCGGAACUGUCAAAAGUGACAAUACAGAUAAUCUAACGCUAUUGACAGAACUGGGGUUAGCAGAUACGUCUACAGAGGAGUUUGGGGAGUUCCAGAAUGGAUUGAUGGAUGAUUUUCUUCCAAUGAGUACUACAGAUGAUGUUUUUGACAAGCUGAUGAGUGAUCUUAAUAUUGCAAAGUAAUUUAUCGUUGUUAAUCGUGAAGUAUUGUUAGAUAUUGUGUUGUAUUUUGUAAUAGAUAGUUUGAAUUAAAUUAAACAAUUUAUAAUGUGUACCUACCUAUCUCAAU